AUGGUACCGUCGUCACGACUUUCCAUGACCAUAAACUGGGUCAUCAUCAGUUCUUGUCAAGCACGCACUGAGCCGGUGUGUGGCUGCAGCAGUGGUUGGAGAGGCAGGCUGCACACAUAUUAUACACUGCUAUCGAGCAAAAUCAGCUGCCCCUGCUCAUAAAGUACCAAAGUAUUCAGUGAGCUUAGCAGACACCUGAAAUCCGGAACGUCAGACACCUGAAAUCCGGAACGUCAGCAGCUGUGAAUAACGAUAACCACCUGGACAUCAGGUGUUCACAGCAAGUCGCGAGCACCAAGGUCGACGUCGUCAUGUCGGGCAAGAACCCAGCGUGGGGGUACGGCCAACAGAAUGGUCCGAGCAAGUGGCACGAGCAGUUUCCGGUAGCCAAGGGACAGCGUCAGUCGCCCAUAGACAUCGUCACAGACCAAGUCGUGUUCGACCAGACGUUGUCAGAUAACCCACUGAAGAUCAGCUACAGCAACAACUGCUGUCAGAGUGUCACUAACACCGGAGCCUCCUUCCAGGUCGCCGUGGAUGGGGCAGGAACUGAGAUCAGUGGUGGUCCCCUGGACAGCACCUACAAACUUGUCCAGUUCCACGCUCACUGGGGCCAUGGCGGGAACGAAGGGUCUGAACACACGGUGGACGGAGUCACCUACCCUGCAGAGCUCCAUCUAGUACACUGGAACACAAAGUACAAGGACGUCACAGAAGCCGUGGACAAACCUGAUGGCCUGGCUGUGAUCGGAAUCUUCUUUACGGAGGGAAAGGAGCAUUCAGGCUUCAAGCCAAUAACAGAUAUGUUCUCUAAAGUUCCCCGUAAGACGGACAAGGUGGAGUUCAAGUUCAAGUUCGACCCGGCCUGUCUACUGCCAGCUGAACGUAACUACUGGACAUACCUCGGGUCGCUGACCACACCUCCUCUGUUUGAGAGCGUCACCUGGAUCGUCAUGAAGGACCCUGUGGAGGUCUCUGCGGGACAGCUGGCUGCACUCAGGAGCCUACUAUGGGAGACCCCAAGCGGAGAGGGCCAGAUGGGCAAUAACUACCGACCUCCGCAGCCUCUGCAAGGAAGGCUGGUCAAGGCUUCUUUUACAGAAGAAACCACUGUGGAGGACAUAAUCCCGGCCGUGGUGUUGAGCGCCCUAGCCAUCGGCGUAGGCGCCAUCUUUACGAUAUCUAUGAUUCGGACCAAACGCUGGUGACGUUCUACUCAGAAACGCCACCUUGCGGGUGUUACCUUUACCUUUGGUUGCAGUCAUACAUUCGCUCAGCUGUUGUUCUACCUCAACAUAUCUUUAUAGAUAAGCAAAUUAUAGCAUUAUAAUAUUUCUUGCCACGGAAUAGCUAUGUUUACGUGUUACACACCUUUAGCCACUAACUGCCAAGUAAUGUAACCGUGACCUUUAUUUUACCAAAGAGACGAGGAAUGCUAUUUACACAUUCCUGUAUAUGACUCUGCAUCAUGUUCGGCUGUAUGCCAUCAUUGUGUUUGUUUACGUUUCUUAUUGCAUUUCAAUUGCUGUAUAGUGUUUUUAUCAUUUAACCGACUUGCAACAGUUGUAUCUCAGGCUACGAGCAACACUAGAAUUUCUCAUGAUGUCUA